GCCUGGCCCAAUGUUACUUCGGCGUCGUUUUGACCCAACAUUUUUUCCUCCCAAAAACCCUUUCUGCAACUGCGAGUAGCUUCAGUUCACUUCAUUACUCGUCUAAAACCCCGCCAAACCCUCGUUUCAGCCAUGUUAGUCUUCAAAACCCAAAACCCUCUUCAAAUUCCCCGCAAUAAACAUUUCUCACUUCUUUUAGUACUUCUCAAAACCCUAACAUCAACGCCAUCACAAAAUCAAACUUCCAACAAGAAGCCUCUGUCUGUUCUUUUCGAGGAAGCCAUGGGGUUACGGGAUAAAGCAGACAGCGACAGCGAAAAUGAUACCAACAAUGAGUUCCAAAAUGGAUUGAAGGAAUUAGAGCGAGAGGUGAAAGACUUGAAAGCCAAGAAUCAAGACGAAGUGGGAUUCAAUUUUGAAAAGAAAGAAGAAACGAAGAAUGUGAAGGGUUUGAGUUUGUACUCGUUGUUUGUUAAUGGUAAGAAGGUGAGUCUUGAAGGAAAGAACGAGCGAGGAAGGAUUAAAGAUGAGGGUGGUGUUUUGAAGGAGCUCUCACCGGAUAUGGUGAUGUUUGUGGAUCGUUUGUACAAAGAAGGGUAUUUUAGUAAAGCUAAUUUCGUGCCUCCUAAUCAAAAGAGGUUGGAUUUUGGCUGUUUUGAUGAUAGUUAUGGCCGGAAUUUUAUUAAAUAUGCAGCUGAGAAGUUUGGCAAGGAUCAUCAAGAAAUUGCAAAAUGGUUGUCGGGAAGUGAUUUGAAAAAGAUAGCUCUCUUUGGUUGUCCUUCCACGACAAAGAAGACUGUCUUUUCUGCUAAACAAAUACGCAGAUUUUUUGAAAUUCAAGAAGACACUGUGUGUCACAAAUGUGUGUUAAAAGAGUCAUGCAGGUUUGUAAACCAAAGCAUAUGGAAAAGUCAAAUAAGGAAUUUGAAUUUGGCUGUUGUGAUGAGGGUUAUCACUUUGUAUGCUCUGGAGUCUGUACCGCCACAGCUAGCAGUGCCUGAAGAAGUAAAGGAUUCUGUCAGUAGAUUGUUGAAAGAGGUUAUCAAUCUAAGUGAAACUACUUAUAAAGCUACUUCCACCACAUCUGCAUAAUUCAGUUGCCGCUUGGAUGGAUGUUGGACAUUCUAGUUUUAUCUGAAAGGGCGGCGUUCCUUUAUAAGCCUAUUGAUAGUUAUAGUCACAAUGCACUAACCUGAUUCUCCUUGUGAAGGUGGGUUAUAGUUUAGCCAAACAAAAGAUUUAUUGGAAGUUUUUUAUGAUUGUAAAAUCAUAGUUUCAUUCUUGACAUAUGAGCUUCAUAUUAUCUUGUUAAAUUCUGCUUGAGGAACUUGUCUGCCAUGCAGCCGGUUGAUAAUGUUAUUGAUGAUCACCUUGAAUUAUUUGCCAAGUUUGUAAUCUAAGCUUGUGGCUUCUUUUA